GUGAAAAGUCUCUUUUCUUAGCCGCCUUUCUUUCGGAACUUUCGUUUCUCGACACUUUGCCACGCGUUUACGCCACGCGAGAUCUCUGUAUAUUCCAGAUCUCUCAAUUUCCCGACUCCGCAAUUAUUAUCACUUCUCUAUAUUUUAUUGCAUCUUAUCCGGCUUCAGUUUCCGGGGCGAUUGAUUUUGACAGCCGUUUCUGAUUCGUUUGUGGGGUGGGUGUUAGCUUGUCGGCCGAGAGUUUUCAUCCGAAGUAAUUAAGGGUUUUCGAGGAGUUUAAGGGUCGAUAGUUGACUUGAUGGGCGGCAAGAGUUCCAAGGACGAUAGUUGGAGGCGUACUUCUAGGUCAGCUUCAUCAUCAUCCUGGAAUUAUGAGUAUCCUCCCCAAUCAGCCUAUCCAACUCAAUCGCCGGAGACCUACGAUUACCCAGUUCAGCACGCUUAUCCUUCUUACGCGCCUCCUCCUCCCGCGCAGCCGUAUCACGCGCCUCCUCAAGAUCCUAGGACUCCAAACCGCGCGCCGCCUCAGAGGAGGCUUGACCGGAGAUACUCUAGGAUUGCGGACAAUUACCAUUCAUUGGAAGAGGUAACAGAAGCUCUUGCACGUGCCGGAUUGGAGUCUUCCAAUCUGAUUGUUGGUAUUGACUUCACAAAGAGCAAUGAAUGGACUGGUAAGAGGGCGUUUGGUGGGCGAAGCUUGCAUGACACCGGGCAUGGUCUUAAUCCCUAUGAGCAAGCAAUUUCCAUCAUAGGGAAAACUUUGGCUGCCUUUGAUGAAGAUAACUUAAUCCCAUGUUUUGGGUUUGGAGAUGCAUCAACUCACGACCAAGACGUGUUCAGUUUUUAUCCGGAUGACAGAUUUUGCAACGGUUUUGAGGAAGUCUUAUCUCGGUACAGGGAAAUUAUCCCCCAACUAAGACUUGCAGGACCAACAUCUUUUGCACCGGUCAUCGAAAUGGCUAUGACUAUUGUUGAGCAGAGUGGGGGACAGUACCAUGUAUUAGUGAUCAUUGCUGAUGGGCAGGUUACUCGUAGCGUUGAUACUGGGCGUGGUCAGUUGAGUCCUCAAGAACAAAAAACAGUUGAUGCAAUUGUAGAAGCAAGCAAGUUUCCACUGUCUAUUAUUUUGGUCGGGGUUGGAGAUGGGCCUUGGGACAUGAUGAAGGAAUUUGACGAUAAUAUCCCCUUGAGGGAAUUUGAUAAUUUUCAGUUUGUCAAUUUUACCGAGAUCAUGGCAAAACCUGUCUCUCAAUCUCGGAAAGAAACAGAAUUUGCUCUCUCUUCAUUGAUGGAAAUUCCUUCACAAUAUAAAGCUACGAUAGAGCUUGGUCUGUUAGGGGGUAAUAAAGGUAAAUCCCCCAAUAGGGUUCCCCUACCCCCUCCAAUGUAUGGUGCAGCUUCAUCUGGCGGUUCAAAGCCUGCAAGAGCAACAAGUUUCCAGCACACUUCAAGUUCGUACUAUGACUACAAGGAACCGGCCGGCACACCAUCUGCCUUUGAGCAGAGAACAACAAGCUCUUACUAUGAUCCUGUAGGUGGUGGGCAUUUUGACCACGGUCCUUCUGCACCUGUCACGAGUUAUGAUAAUUUGGUUUGUCCAAUUUGCCUCACUAAUCGGAAGGACAUGGCCUUUGGUUGUGGACAUCAGACGUGUUGUGAAUGUGGGAAAGAGCUGGAAACAUGCCCGAUUUGUCGCAGCUCAAUCCAAACUAGGAUAAAGCUGUAUUGAGUGUGAUGUAAAUCCAACCCUUCAUUCGUUCCUUCUUGUAAAAAAGUAUCCCAAGCAUUUGCAGUCUUGGUUUAUGCGUAUUCUGUACAUUUAUUGAUUGACCUUUAUUAGCUUAAUGAUUUGUUUUCUCAAUGAUUGAGAGAGGAGGGUUGUUGUUUUCAUGAGUUGUCUAUGGAAUUUGACACGCCCAUUAGGGGCAGUCUCUCUCUUCCUAUGAGUGAGUACAGAAUGUAUUAAUCCGACACUUCGACAACAACAAAUUCAGAGAAGAAUGCGCGCAAAUUCAAGAAAACGAUUUACAAUAUGAUGAAUGACUCAGUCAAGCAAGCUCUGUGACGGCGUGACCCGAUAUAGAGCCACUUUUGUAAGCAGGGCACAUUGGUGAUCAACAAAUGAGUAUGCACUAUGCAGUGAACUAUGUUACAGACACUCAGUAGUCAGUACACAUUUCUGAAACGUAAAGAAGGAAAGACAACGAGAAAGUAAAGGCUCCUACUACGAAAAGUAUUGCCUCUUAACUGUUAACACCAGUCCUACUAGAUUUUUUUCUACAGAGCAUCAGCCAGUAGAUUAUUUUAAUUAAUAGUUUGCCAAUUGAUUUACAAUGAAAUCAAACGGAGGUUAGCAAUAACUGUUCGGUCAGACAUAGAAAAAGCCUCUUUUGCCAAAGCAUGAACGGCUUGAUUCGUUGAUGUCAGGUUUUCUAUCCAUUUUCAGUCUCAGCAAGCUAUGGGAUAUAACAAGGAAAAAGAGCUUGAUAUCUUCAAAUGCAAUCCCUACUUGGGAUAUAUACAUCCCUCCACCGAUCCCAGAUAUGAUAAUGGUUGCAUCCGCUUCGAUGAUCACGUUAUGCAAAAUUGCAAAUUGUUCUCUUUAGCUCACAAAAUGACUUCUCUAACUCCCAUGCUUUUCCGUUUCAAUGUGCUGAGUCUCGCAUUACAACAAUGUGGGGUUUCUGUCAAUGCACUCCUCUGGAACAACAUGCAAAACGAUUGAUAUACUACUUGGAACUUGGGCCGAUUUCCAACUUCAUAAAGUCGAAGUUGCAAUCCUUCUAACCCUUGCUUAUGUGAAGUUCUCUCCCUCAACAUUAUACUAUUCCCCAUCUUCCAUAUGCUCUAGAGUAGCAUAACAAAUUGACACAUAUCCUCUUCCGCUAGCAUGCUCAAAACCUUCUUGAAGCAGUCUGCCCACAAGCCUCCUCCGAUCAUACUAUAAAAACC